AUUAAGCGGAGCAGACCAAAAUCCCAAACAAGGAAAUGGUGGGGGAAUAAAACGAGCAGAUUAUUUAAUUAAUGCAUGCAAUAAUUAAUAUUAAAUGUUAUAGUAAAUUAAGACGUAUUUAUGGGUUAAAAUGGAUUACGACUUCAAAACAAAGCUGGCGGCCGAGAGAGAGAGGGUAGAAGAUCUGUUCGAAUAUGAAGGUUGCAAAGUGGGUCGAGGCACCUACGGGCACGUUUAUAAAGCUAAACGCAAAGACGGGAAAGAUGAUAAGGAGUAUGCACUGAAACAAAUAGAAGGCACUGGAAUAUCGAUGUCUGCAUGCAGGGAAAUUGCUCUCCUGCGAGAACUGAAACAUCUUAAUGUGAUCGCCCUGCAGAAAGUGUUCUUGUCCCACAGCGACAGAAAGGUCUGGCUGCUUUUCGACUAUGCUGAACAUGAUCUUUGGCACAUCAUCAAGUUCCACCGCGCCUCCAAGGCCAACAAGAAGCCCAUGCAGCUGCCCCGAGGGAUGGUGAAGUCUCUCCUUUAUCAGAUUCUGGAUGGGAUCCAUUACCUCCAUGCCAACUGGGUGCUCCACAGGGAUCUGAAACCAGCGAACAUCCUGGUGAUGGGGGAAGGCCCUGAACGAGGAAGAGUUAAAAUCGCUGACAUGGGUUUUGCCAGACUAUUCAACUCUCCCCUCAAGCCACUGGCGGACCUCGAUCCUGUAGUCGUGACUUUCUGGUACAGGGCGCCUGAGCUUCUGCUGGGGGCCCGGCACUACACCAAAGCUAUUGACAUUUGGGCAAUUGGCUGCAUCUUUGCGGAGCUGCUAACGUCGGAGCCCAUCUUUCACUGUCGCCAAGAAGACAUCAAGACCAGUAACCCCUUUCAUCAUGACCAGCUGGACAGGAUAUUUAGCGUCAUGGGUUUCCCUGCAGAUAAGGACUGGGAAGACAUUCGGAAAAUGCCAGAGUACCCCACACUACAGAAGGACUUUAGGAGGACGACGUAUGCAAACAGCAGCCUAAUCAAAUACAUGGAGAAGCAUAAAGUCAAACCAGACAGCAAAGUAUUCCUGUUGCUUCAGAAACUCCUCACCAUGGACCCCACCAUAAGAAUCACGUCAGAGCAGGCACUGCAGGACCCAUACUUCCUGGAGGACCCAAUACCAACCACUGAUGUGUUUGCUGGGUGUCAGAUACCCUACCCAAAACGAGAGUUUCUCAAUGAGGACGAGCCAGAGGAGAAAACAGAGAAGAACCAGACCCAGCAGCACCAGCAGGCGACAGGCCAGAAUCAGGCCCAGAACCAGCAGCAGGCCACAGCCCAGCAGGGGCCCUCCCAACAGAGCUCGGGUCAAACAAAUGGGACCGGCGGAGCCACAGGCGUUACCACUGGUGGGGGUUUACAACACGGCCAGGACCAGGGGCCACCCAACAAGAAACCUCGGAUCGGGCCCUCUGGGGCCUCCUCAGGCACAGGGGUGUUACAGUCAGAGUACCAGCACUCCGGCUCCCGUCUUGGUUACCAGAGCAACGUCCAAGGUUCCACCCAGCCCCAGAGCACCAUGGGAUACUCAUCGUCAUCCCAGCAGAGCUCCCAGUACACCCACCAAACACACCGUUACUGAGGCUCCCAGAAACUCGUAAACCAGAAGAGGAGUCUGUUCCUCCUCCUCCAGACACCCUCAACAACCUCAGCAGACGUCAGCCGAUGCCCUCGGCUCACGCUUCCUUGUCGGACCUCGCUCUUUGCAUUAAUCAUUCCAAGUCAGCCAACCUCCUUUUCAACCCUCCCUUGUCUCUGACCUCUUACCCGACAGCCUUCAGCAUCACUUAUACAUAAAGGCAAACAAACAUAGAUGUGAAGGCAUCACACACAGAGACUCAGAACCAUGGAACUUACAAACACAAUGCUCCUCACGAGGAUGAACCGCAGAUGUGUUCAUAUAUAUAUAUAUAUAUGUAUAUAUGUACAUUAUCUAGCACCUUUUUUUUUAUUCGAUUUUUUUUCUCGCUUGUUUGCUAGAGUUUUCAAGUUUACCUUGAUAGUUGAUGUCAUUGUACAUAUUGUUACAUAUGGAAACUAUCAGAUGAAAUGACACACGGGAGGAGAGGGCCUUUCAUCCUGUCAUCUCUAGUGUACUAUAACUUUGGAUAAUAAAAAGAAAGGCUAAGCCUUUUAAGAAGGAGUUAAUGUUUCUACACAGAGAAUAAUCAGCUUUUUAGCUGUUGCUAUUGCAGGGAAAUAAUAAAUGCGCAAUUUAACUUCAUCUUAUUAUAGCAUUUCUGUAUUUAGAAUUCUCUCUAUCUAGAUCUGGAUUUGGAAAGUAAGAUUAGUACACAGUUCUGUCUAUUCUGACUUACUACAUCCACUACAUGUAGAGAUUAGAAUUCUCGGACAGCCAGGCUUCAUGUCCUCUGACUGCCACAGCGUUUUCAGGGGGUUGGACACCAUUUGUCUGUGGUCAGCAGAGCUGUUCAAGGACACUUUGUUGUGACACCCAUCUCAUCAUGGACCCUAAAGACUCCCAAGGUUUGUGAACACGAAUGUGCACAUAAACGCACAGGGCAGCUAACAGUAAAGCCCCCUAUAUGCUUCUUGAGACUGUUUCUGCUUGAUGUCAGAUUGUUUUUUUAAGGUUCUAUUAUUAUUAUCAUUGUUGCCCUGUGUGUGUGUGUGUGUCUGUGUGCGCACACAGCAGUAUGCUGUUUUAUGUUGUUUAUCCUUUUACUUACUAGAAUUGCUGCUGAACCAAUCUGCAAAAAGCUGGAACAAAUGUGGGGUGAGGUUAGUCGCCUUUUCCACUCCGACCCUCUGGCCGAGCACUGAGCCGUAGUUUCACAGAGACUGGGAACAUUUAAAGACAGUGGGUGUGUUUUUUAAUACAAGCCAGAGGUCAUCAAUGUGCGCUGCGCCUACAGCAAGAAUUCUUAUCUAGUUUGUCCUUUUUUUAUCAUUCCUUUAUACACACUCAUACAUGUUACUAAGUACAUUUCUGUAUCCUAAAUGUUAACAAAAACACCAGCAGCCAGCUAGCUUAGCACAAAGACUGAUCAAAGGGAAACAGCUAACCUGGCUUUGUCUUAAGGUGACAAGAUCCCCCUGCGAGUGCUUCUUCAGCUGAUAAACACUUGAUAUUGUGUUUGUUUAAUCUGUACAGAAAAUAUUAAAAACUGGAAGACAGUACUUUGCCAAAAAAUAGGCAGGAAUAUAACAUGUACACUGGCAAAUUUGUCAAAAUAUCCCAAAAUAUAUAAAUAAUUCACUUAUACUACUUAUAGUUCCUUUCAUGCUACUUUUCAUUUAAUUAAGAGCUUCUGAUGCUAAUUAUAAUUUUUUUUAAAUCAAGUUUUAUCUUUCAAAAGUUCAGACUCAGGUUCAAAUGGUAUGACGUCAUUUACAGUAGAGAAAUAUGAAAAUAAGGGUUUUAGGAAACAGCUAUAGUCAGAAUUGUAUUUGGAAGAUUGAGGCAAUGUUAGAGAUUGAACUAUGUGAAGUACUUCAUAUGAGCUGCACCACAACCAUGUUAAAAUGCUACAGAGAUUAUCAUACACCAUUAGAAAUACUUAUUCAUUGUAUUCUAUAUAUUACACUAUGAAAUGGGCCACUGUACAAUUUAUGUUGGGAUACUACAUUUUGUUAUUAACACAUAUUUACUUUAUAUUUUUACAAAUGUGUCAUUACCACGCAGCAUAUUUGCUUCACACUAUUGAUUCCCCAUAGUUUGCUCCAUCCUCACUGGCCCUGCCCAGUCACAUGACCGGCCACAGAGCAGGCUGUAGUAAAGAACGCACCCAGUGAAUCAACUGUUUCUGCUCCUGUAUGUUCUCCAGCAGAAUAGACGUGUACACUGUAGGAUUUGGAGGGAGGGGGAGGAUGUUUUUUUCAGACGUGUCGGCGGCAGUGGGAAACACUGACAUCCUUUGGCUGAAGACAGAACUGGACCUCUGUCGUUGGUCAAACUUUAAAUGUACAACCCAGAGUAAAGCAUUCUUCAUCAGAAAACGCAGUUUUAUUAUCAAACUGAUGUUAAUGUUAUGACCAGAAUUCCAUUAAUUUGUACAGAUGGAAAGAAGCCGCCGGCCUCGCCCUCAGUCAGACAAUGGUUAUUUUUAUGGGAUCUCAUCGCUUAAAAUAACUUGAUAUGGCUUUUUUUUCCCAUGCAUUGAUGAGUGUGAUGCAAAAUCUCUUCGGUGACUCCUCCGAUUCUCUACACUGUGUCGUUCUUUGCAGAUGCCAUGUGGCUCAGUUACUUUUAAUGUCACAGGUUGGAGUCUCUCCCAUCCAAACUCUGUCAAUUCUGUACAAUGACAGACAUCUUUUUUUUCACUUUCGGCAAAAAAACAUCUGAGAUCAGUACUGAUGAACUUCAAGGAUUUACAUCCAACCCUUUUACUUUGUUCUGAACAGCUUAAUUCCAAAGUCCAGCUCCAGGUUCAACUCUUCUCCUGCAGCUUGUGUUAUUUCUAAAAUAUGUAGUUGUGUUCCUGGGUUCACUAUAAUUAUUAUAAGAUAAAAGAGUCCUACAGCACUUGUUAUUAGAGCAGGAACCUCAAAUGCAAAUGUCCCAGUAUGGAUACUAUCAAUCAUAACUUCUUUAAAUGUCUACUAUGUAGGCAGCUUCACUUGGCUCUCUAUAAAGUUGGUACGUAUUUUUAAACGGUUCCUUCUCUGGCCAGCUGAACACAAGUCUUCUUUUAGCUCUGGUUUGGUCUCCUCUGCUUCUUCAUCUGACACUUAUUUGCCUAUGACUGUAAAUUAAGGUGACGAGAGUGGCAGGCUUCAAAACCAAUGGGCUAAAAGGGACAAACAUGCCCAACAGUGCAGCGUCAGUUGAACAUUUUCUUUGGCUUCUUCGAUGACCAGGCACCUUUCACAUUCCACAAAGUAAUGUGAUCCAUUGUCAUUGUAAAAAUAUCUAUUAGUGCAGCUUUAAGGACAAACUCCAGGUAAUGAAAUGUACGUGUAAACUUGUUGUUUCAUUGUUUUCACUCCUGUGAUGCGAGGGUCUAGCGGACACACCCAGGUGAACACGACCCAUUGACACACAUUUGAUGGGGAUUUAAAACCAGCUGCUAUCCGAAGGUUUUCCCCUACCUUUAGUGUGUUUGUUUGAAGUCACUCAGUGAGGAUACAUUCAGACACUUAGUUGUAAAUGUUCUCUAUCAGCUCAAACGAGGUGUCACAAGUAUUAUUGAGCUCACGGCUCUGUCGGACAAAUUGCUCUCGAACAACUCCUAUGCAAAAAUCAGAGUAAAUCCCAGUGUAAAGCUUUCACCUGUGCUUAGGUUUUGGCAGUUGACAGGCUUUGUUAUAUUUUGAUGGUUGUAUUCAUUUCCUGAGUAAUACUGCAAUUAGUAGUUCAAGACAACACUCACUUAUGUACUUUUCCUCACAGCAUUUUUAAAUAUUCUCUAAAUGAACCAUUGUAAAAUAUAUAUAUAUAUGAAUAAUAUACAAUCGUAUUUAUUAUUUCCAUACAUCUUUGUAAAAAAAACAUUUUUUUAUGUCCUCUGCCUUAACUAUAGUAGCUAUAGAAAGGGACCUCUCUCAGACAAACCGGACAUCACCAGACCAUAUGUCUUUUUAUCUCAUGUCUCUAUGGUCACAUGAAAGCAUGUCUCCUUACUGAAUGUUUUGAUGCUUCCUCGAUGUACAGUAGGAUGAAGAUGACGUUGUUUUGGAUCAGCUCUGUUUAAAGCACAUAUUCCACAAAAUCACUGUUUCUACAGGAAUGAUAAUUAUCCACGUUUUUUAUUUGUGUGGAUGGUGCCUUUUUCACUCGAUUAUUUGUUUUUGUAAGAUUGUGUGUAUAUAUUUUUGUAAUUUGCCAUCUCCUUUGUCCGCUCUUUGGGUUUUUACUAUGUAGCAUAUUAUUAUUUACACAAUGUCGAUGAUGCUAGCAGAUAUAUAUCGGUGUUUUGUUUCACAUUAUCGUGUCCCACCUUGUUGCAGGUAGACUGCAAAAAAUCCUGACGGAGGAUUAUCUCAUGUUCUUUCUGAUAGAUAUUGUUCUCACACACGCAGUAAAUCGUAUGAUUUUGAAAUGCUGUACAUAAAAACACAUUUUAAGAAUUUUUCAUUAAGACAUUGAGAGAAGAAUUGUCUUUUAAUGCACUGUUGUUGCUCAAAUAUUUAGUGGUCAAAUAAAAUUAUAUAUUUAA